GCCCACACACGCAAGCCCUCCGACACCUGCCUGUUCGUGUCUGCCGGCCAUGAGCGGCCAACCCUCCUGCUUGCGGCCUAGCUGCUACACCUGCUGUUACUCUUGUUGCCGCUGCCACGGCCUGCCGCUGCUUGUCUCUGUCCAUGUCUCCGGCAUGUCUCUGCCGCUGUUUUGCUUUCCGUCUUUGCCUCUGCACCCAAGUAAGUACACUCCAACAAACAAAUAACAACAACAACAAAGCCCCCAACCCAGGACCAAAGCUCCCGGCCUGUACACUCUGCUCACGACACACUACCUGCCCACUCCCCGCUUCCAGGAACCCGCCAUUGUACCUACUUAGUCGCCCGCCCGCCUACUCUCUCACUGGCUCGCUCAUCCUUUCCCCUCUCGCCUCGUCUUCCGCUGGCUCGCCGUAGUAGUAGUCUAUCUCUGAAUAGCAAUCGAUUCCGCGCCUGUCGUGCCCGUUGGACAUGGAAGCGCUGUCCACCCAUCCAACUCCCGAACUCAUCCCGCCCGACUUUUGUCUGGCUACGCUUCU